AUGGUGUUCUGUGGAUUAUUUUCAGAGCUCAUGGCAGGAAACUCCAGUUCUAACAGUAGUGGAACCAAUGCUUCACCCGUUGAGACGGUCCAAACAAAGAUGCGGUCCAAAUACUCACCAGAACUGAGUUCUUACACAUCCGCUUGUAAGAAAUACUCAUUCCUCAAAUCCUUUGAUUCAUUGCUUCACAAGCGAACCUACAACGUUAUCAGCUCGCUCGACACUCAGGCCAAGACUCGAUCUAUAAACCUAGAGUCACUCAUGGGGGUCUACGGAUAUCUUCUUGAACUAAACCAAGAUACAGUAAGAGUCAUCAUUCAAAACAAAGACGCUGUUUUGAAGAACAAAGAUCUUAAGUCUUUGGUUGAUAUCUACUUCAAAAGUACGUCCAAGACCUUAGAUUUCUGCAAUACCGUCCAGAAAUGCGUCAAGAAAGCGGAAAUAAGCCAACUUAUCAUUCGAUUUGCGGUGAAACAGUUUGAGACAGAAACGGAUCUUGGAGUGGGUAAGAAGAACAAGUACGCGAAAACGUUGGAGGAGCUGAACAAAUUUAAGUCUAUGGGAGACCCUUUUGAUGGUGAGUUCGUGACGCAGUACGAGUCCAUCUACGAUGAGCAGAUAUUGCUUUUGGACGAGUUGCGUAAGGUUAAAGAAAAGCUUGAUAAGAAACAGAGGAAUGUGAAGACAUGGAGGAUAGUGUCAAAUGUGGUUUUCGUGACUGCGUUUGUGGCUGCUUUUGUCUUAUCGGUGGCUGCGGCAGCAAUGGUAGCACCUCCGGUAUUGAGUGCGGUGGCGUCUGGACUGACCACGCCGAUUGAGGUUGUGGGAAUGUGGUGUAACAACAUGUGGAAGAAAUACGAGAAAGCUGUGGAGAGACAGAGAGGUGUGGUUUCGUCGCUGGAGCGUGGAGCGCAAGCUAACAAUGUAAUGAUGGUAAAUAUAAAAUUCGAAGUUGAUAACCUAAGCAUAAGGAUCUCGUCGAUUCUGAAGACAGUAGACUUUGUAGCGGAGAGAAAAGAAGAUGAAACGGCGACGAGAGUAGCGAUGCAAGACAUCAAGAAUCAAGUGGAAGAGUUUACUGAGAAAAUAAAGGAAGUGGGAGAAAGAGCGAACAACUGUAGCAAGCUCAUCGCGCUGGGGAGACUUGUAGUUAUGGGACACAUCCUUGGGGUAAGCAUCGUAGAAAGAGAAGCUGUAAGUAUUAUCAGUGGCGUUUGAUACUGAGGACUGAGGAGGUUGCUUGGGAAUCAAGGGUUUCUCUAUCGAUGAUGAUGAUCGGCUUUUAACUUACGCUUCUAAUGGUUCACUAUAGCUUUAUUCUGUGAUGUUGUCCAUUUAAAAGCAUAGAUUCAAAAAUAAUGUACACGUGUACGUGUAUGUGUUUUCCCUAAUGGUUCACUAUAGCUUUUUUUUUUGUUUUCCCUCCAUUCUCUGGCAAUUUGAAUUGGGAAUAGCAA